AUGCUGGGCCGUUUGCUGAGUACCUUUAGCACUGGCUCGUAUGGCUCACGAAACGCUGCUGUUCUCGAGUCCGUCACCGAAGAAGAGCAUACGUCCGGACUUUUGUUCCCCGAUCCUCGCUCCCUCCACCGAUCUUCGAAUUCCGCACAUGCUUUUCAAACAAGCUUCAAUUCCCCCAAUGCCUCGAGCGCUGGCGGAUACGAUGACCGUGGUGGGCUAGAUUUGGACGCAAUCAAGGACUUUCGAAUCAUAAUCGCACAGAAUGCUAUUGGAGAUCGGGAUGAUCCGUGUAUACUGCUUGACUCGAGGGGAACCCUUGCUUCUUCUUCAGCCCAGGGGUUGGGACUAGACCCCCAGGUGUUCGACUCACUGGGUGGCCGACAUUCGCGAACGUCUAGUUUGUCGCAGGCUUCUCUUUCGCGUAGAGGGUCCAUACAGACAAAUCAAUCCCCCCUGAUCGAAGCGGGAUCGCUCUCACAAGCUGCUAGCGCGAGAAAGGUUACUUCGCCUUUGACCGGGGGAGCUUUCAGUCGUGCCCGCGGCCGGAGCUCUAUCAGUUCGGUCAUCUCUCCCGGUGAAGGCAUUCUCGAACCGUAUCACAAUCGCAUGGUCCCGGAAAACAGCGAUAGUGGCUUKCUCAACUGCAUAUUCGGAAGUAGUGCUUUUAGCUACCGAGGCUCAUCGACAAAAAUGCACAUCCUCUCGACGGACUUAGGGUCUGAGGGUACUCUAGCAUCUUCACCUGCUCCUCGUGAAGUCGAUACGCUAGCCAGUCGACAAACACCCCGCAACCCUCUGGCGCGGACCUAUUCUUCAGGAACACAGCCGCAAGUAGGCUAUUUCUUACCGCAGGAGAGCAAGUCGUCAUCUCGUGUUACUAUUCUCAUCACCAGGAUGUUUAGCGUCAAUUUGCCAGAGUCUCGCGACCCAUCGGUAGAGCCCUCCGACCCACCUAGCUCGCUGCCCAUGGAUGGAAUGUCAGAGUCUGGAUUUCCUUUUCCUGAUCACACCAGACGCCGCAAAGUGAAGGAAAAGAAGACGCCUAUGUAUGCGGUCGCCAUGACCAUCCAGAUACCAUUGGCCGCGCGAAACAAUGGCCGACCAAUGUCACGACUCAGCAGUCAUGUGCCCGAAGGUCAGAAACAGAUGUCAUUCUCUUUAGAUUCAGACCCACAUUGGAGCAGCGCAUUUCUCGAUGACAAUUCUUCACAAAAUGCCAAUCUCGAUGAUAGGAUUGACUUGCUGGUGGACCGCUGGGAUGUGAUUACUCGGACUUUGACGUAUUUGGAGAAGCUAGCCCGACAGGAGAUAUUGACAUUGUUAAAGAAGGUUGAAGCUCAAACGGCCAAUGCGCCAAAACCGCUCAAGCCGCCCAAUAUGCAAAGAACCAAUCAAACCAUUAUUCAGCUUCGACCAAAUGUUCUUGCACACAACAGCAAGCUCAAAGAGGAAUUACUGUUGAAUGCCCAGAGAAUUUCGGCGGCUCUACGGAUACCACGCGUUAUUCUCGGCCAGAGCAGAUGGGGUGUAUGGCGUGAAGAGGCUCGAUGGAUUGCUCGCCUUAUGGCUGACAAAGAACAUGGACUGUUCUUCCUCGUGCUCAUUACAGCAUUCUUGGGCAACCACACUGAAUGGCUUAAUGCUAUUGGCCCCGAAUGGUACCGAAGGCGCCAUCAAAUGCAGCAGAAAGCACAGCAAGAUUCCGAGCCAACCAUUUCAAACCGUACUGUAAUCAUAUCGGAUAAUAAGAUGGUUGCGAGACGUCUGAUUUUUAUCCUAUCCGCCUUCCUACCUGCUAAGCAUCGUGUUGAUUUCGUGAACUCGCCUCUGCGUCCAGGCACGUCUACUUCAACCCGGCCACUUUCGCAGAGUCCGCCAACAUUUCCUCUACUACGACAAGAAUCUCUUCGCCGCAGAAUCAACCGGCGGGCACAAGCUCAAAGACUCAAUGCAGAAGAACAUGCUCCGCAUCAGAGAUCCGUCAGUGUGUCAUCCAGUGAAACUACGCAUAAAGCGUCCGACGAGCCGGAGAGCGUCCUGCCCAGUGAGCCGGUAUACGCGCAUGAUCGAAGAGGCUCUGACGUUCGUUCUAUCCGUACCGUCGGCUUGCCAAUAAGCGCGAACGAAGCCCGCACACGAGCUACAACGUCCACGACAACCAACGAUACAGCAGUCCCUGUCGCCUAUUUCGCAUCCCGUCAGCAGCCUCUACGUGGCCAUGCGAACUUGCCCGGUGCUGAUGAAACUGAUAGUUAUGCUUCUGCAAAACUGUUACAAAAUCUACGUAGAAGCGAAACGUCUAGCACCAAUUCAACUGGAAGCAAUCCUGCGGCAAGUGGCAAAUGGGUAGGCGGUAUUUUCUCUGGAAUCUGGUCUGGAAGGUCGGAUUCUAUUGGAGAAUCUGCCAAUGUUACUUCGAGUCGCCGAAGUUCCGUAGCCCAGCGCGCAGCGGGUCGUCGUCGCUCGGAAGUACUGAUUGAUGAGGAUGAUCAGAUCCAAGAAAAUUUGCAACCCGAAACACUGGCAACUGGCGUACCGCUCCAGCCUUCGUCAGCAACCGAAACUAUUUCCAUUCCUCACUCUUCAGCUAAUCCCAGACUUUCUCUCGACCAAAAUGAACCUGAAUUAAUCCCCACGGAGCACAUCAAGGAGUCGCCAUUGAAACUUUCAGUUCAAGGUGAUGACGGGGUAGUUGACGUUGAUCUCCCAUUACGCGGCUUCCUAUCAUUGUCUUCGUCAAAUGACUCAACUGUUGCGUCCCCGAAGAAGGCGCGAACUUCCAUCACAAGCAUGGAUGCAUCAGGCUCAAUGCAUAGUAGCUUUUCCAACAUGAACUCUGGACUGCGAGAUGGAGAAGGCUCAAAUUUGAAUGUUGCUGGGUGGUUAAAGAACUUUCAUGAAGAUUUCCUGCUUCAGGCCGUCAGACCAUACCACGGCAUUGAUGCUGAUGUCAAACGUGCCAUGCUAGGCGAAUCAUACUCGCACACAUCUGCUGUCGGUAUGGACCCUGAGAGUGUGAAUAUUACCGAUCGAUGGUUGGAGGUGGCUAGCACUCUCAUUGCUGACACGCGAACUUUUACGGUCAAACGUCUGCGUCUUCUACGUCGAGGUACUCCCAACUAUGCUGCCAGCUUAGGUAGUGCUGGUGCCAGUACUCCUCCACUACCUACACCUCGGCAAAUGUCUGACGUGUCUUCCACAUCUCAUUUGGCUGGUUUCUUCAAUGGAAGACAGAAAAACUUUAACGCAGCGCUUACCGACCUCAUUGAUCCUAAUGACACUGAGUACAAAUUUAUCGAAGAACCUGUCAUGGACGUCGACGGAACACUGGUUGACGCAGUUGAACGAGUUCUUAUCCAAAGCGGGCAGUCUUCUUUAUCACACUCGAGGUCAACUUCGCCUCACAGAAAUGGUCGUUCCGACGAACGCUCAGCUGAUGAGACACCACAUGUUCAUGCUGUCGAGGUGCCUCGAAACGAGUGCCGCAAGACUGUUCUGGGCGCGCUUGAGGAAGUCGCCCGUAGCGUCACAGAGAUACACUGUCGUGAAGAAGGCGACGCCGAGUUCAUGGGCGGCGAUGAAACCCCUGACAAGGAUGGAAAGCGUCGCGGUACUGCUAUUCAAGACAACACUCUCCGCGAGGGAGUCCGCAAAUGGCUCCUCGAAAUCGAGGAGGCUCUUUAG